AUGCAGGAGCUGGUGGCUGGUGUGGAGAAGAUCAGGUUUAACUUGGAGGCUGAUGUGGAGCAGCAGCGAGGAGCUUGGCCCCUGCCCUUCCUGGGUAUGGACAGUAAGUUGGGCAGAGGGUCCUGUGGCAUCCUUGGACAGUGUCCCUUCCGACACCUCAGCGGAGCGAGGACGGUGGUGUGCAAGCACUGGCUGCGCGGGCUCUGCAAGAAGGGCGACAGGUGCGACUUUCGGCACGAGUACGACGUGACCAGGAUGCCCGAGUGCUAUUUCUACUCCAAGUUCGGUGAGUGCAGCAACAAGGACUGUCCCUUCCUGCACGUGGAUGCCACCACCAGCACCAUGGGCUGUCCCUGGUAUGACCGUGGCUUCUGCAGGCACGGUCCCCUGUGCAAGUACAAGCACACGCGGAGGGCGAUGUGUGCCAACUACCUCGUCGGCUUCUGCCCAGAAGGGCCCAAGUGCAAAUUCAUGCACCUCAAGGCCGGCCUGAUGACAAGCAGCACGGAUCCACCCAAGGGAGCCGGCUGUCCUUGGGGGCCAGUACAGCUGCAUCUGGCUGCUGGUGAGGAGAGCAGAUGUGAGGAUGUGCCACCCAUGGAGCCCCCUCCACCAGCCACCGAUGCUACCCAGCACCUGGCAGUGCAGCUGUGGGACACCAAUGGCUGCCCCUGGGCCCAUGGAGCCUGCUUGAAUGAGGCACCCGCUUCAAGGAAGGUAGCUGAAAAGUAG